UUUCUUCCCCUCCUGCCCCCCCUCCAUCAUUGCCCCAGCUCCAUGGAGGCCAGUGGGGCAGCGAGUGUCCAGAAUUGCCCUUCAGACUCCAUGAGGGGAGACGAGGCCACACCCCCAGCUGGCCAGCCCGCCAGCCGCGCCCCGACCUGCGCCCGCUGCCGCAACCAUGGCAUCACCGCCCCUCUCAAAGGCCACAAGCACCUGUGCCUCUUCCAGGCCUGCGAAUGUCGUAAAUGCGUCCUCAUCCUGGAACGAAGGCGUGUCAUGGCUGCCCAAGUGGCUCUUCGGAGACAGCAGGAGGCUCAGCUGAAAAGACAGCUGAGCCAGGGCGCGCUGAGAGAUGACGUGGCCCCCCUCAAGAUCUCCAACCACGGCAAGUGGCGGUCUGCCCACCCUUGGGCCCCAGCCGGGAAGGAGAAUGUGGGCCCCCAGCCUGAGGGGGCCCUUCAAGGAGUCCCCCUGACCGUGCUGACCCCUUUUGAAAAGGAGAGCACCCCCCGGACCUUACUGCUGAGUAGGCCACUGGACAUCUUGCCACUGACCUGGCACUCCGGGCCCUGGUACCCUGGGCCCUGGCUUUCCCCCACCCUGUCAGUGUCCCCCCCACUUCGGUGUCAUCUGCUGUACCAGGAGCUUGGCAUCCCCUUGCGCCCAUUCCCUGGCUUUGACCUGACCAACCAUGGAGCCCUCCCGAUCUACCCAGGACAGUGCCAGCUGCUGAUGGCCCCUGUGCCAGGGGAACCUUCCAGGCUUUCCAGCCUGGCCCAGCCAUGCUCAGCACUGAUUCUCCAGCCCUGCGGCCUCCCAGACCCACUGCUCCUGCAGCCCCAGGCUGCAGAGGCCUCCAAUCUGGCCUGGGCAUUGGCCCCCACGGAGCACCAGUUGCAGCAGGAAGCAGCAGAGGCUUUGAUGGGGCUGAGGGAUUCCCCCCAAGCCCCUCGGAACCUGCUGCCUAUUGGCCCCCCCAAUCCUGCCUGGGUGUCCCUGCUCCACCCUGGCAGCCCCUCGGGCCCAGAAACCAAAAAGGAAGGCAAGGAAGCUGGCGGGGCAGGGCCCUUGCUGCUCCCCAGCCCAGCCCCGUCGGUGGCCCUGCACAUCAGCCACAUGGGGUCCAUCUCCCUGCUGGGCUAA